AUACAAAUGCUUCAGAAGUUAGACAUUUUUGUUUUGUGCAUCUCUCAUUCUGCGCUUAGUUUACAUCGCGGCAACGCACGUCCCUUCGCUCGGAUGAAAAAUAUUAUCGUUGAAAAUUCAAAUUCAGCACUAUUACACGGCUCGGUUUAUCGGUUAAUAAAACUUGUUAUAAUGAGAAAAACAACUAUCAUCUUCAAUCUUAACGGGCGUUUGUUCGUUUGAAACAUGGUUUAACUUUCCCAUCGCGCUUUUGAGGUGAGACUACCUGUCCAAGUUAGCACAGGCAGCAAAACGAUUUCCACUGGAAUGAAAAUCGAUUAUAUUUUGUGAAGUGAGAUAGAAGCUGAAGCAGUCUUGAAUAGUGCUACUUUUCUUUGUGAUUUUGUUUGCUGUGCACUGUGUGUUGCCUAUAAGUUGAUCACAAGUGGAAUAUGUUUUCAAAAUAGUGAAAUCAAGUGAAAAGUUUAUUACAAAAUUUGUGGAAGCUUUUAGAAAACUCCGAAUAAUGAUGCCACAAAGGAAAUGUUCAAUGCAGUAAAAUUGCACUAGCAUCAAAUUCGUCAUCAUAAAGUGUUUCGAUAUUGUCUGUUUUUUUAAAAUUCAAAGUGGAAUCCCUUAUUAUGAAAACUCGUCUCACUACCCUGACAUGGCGAGGCUCAGCAUCUGUGGAUCCGAGGUUCUCCGCUUCGAUGCUACCUUGGUCCAUUGCCGAUAUAAGAAAUCACGAGAGUUAUGUAACUUUAUCCGUCGGUGUUGAAAACGAUCAUCUUGAGGCUUACAACACUGAUUUCGAGCUUCAAUUCGUACAUCAAUUGAAAUAUAUUCUCGGAUAUUGCAGAAUAAUUGUGAAACAAGACAAGGGGAAGAAAAACUCCGACUUCCGUAUUCCGAAAUCAAACAGUACGCGUGUGCUUCCAAUCACUAUUGGAAACGAUAACGUGGCAGAGAUCUUUGGACCAGAUUAUGGUCUGGUCUAUCUGCUGAAGACUCCACAAGAUCCGCUGCUCCACAUUCAUCUGUACGAGUGCGAAAAGUACGAUCAGAUGGCAGAACUAAUGCAGCAAAUGCGUGAUCCAACAUCGAUCGGUGGAGGAUCAGUCGGUAGUAUACCACAGAGUAUCGUCUCUUCCAGUGCAAACUCAAACGAUAUACACCGGGCACUGCGUGGCCAGGGCAUCCAUUCGACACCGGCAUCCAAUUUGAAACUCUCGGAACAAAUGCGAACCGCACAGCAUGACAGUAGUCCAACGUUGAGUCACUACCAGAAUAGCAAUGGUACAACAACAGGAAACCAGCCUUCCAGCCAAGGCCGUCUAUCGUCUUCGAAGAGCUACUCUGGCGGGUUGAACCAUUCCGCUAGCGGAGGAAACAUGCAAACCAGUGCCAGUGUGUCAUUGAGCCUGUCAUCGUUGCCCGAUAUCUCCGCCAAUAAUUCACAGUUUUUUGAGGUGCUGUAUGUAGGUAAAAUUAAAGUGUCACACAAACGGGUUCCCUUCACCUUCAUCGAUGACGCGUUACCCAAGUUCAAGGCAUACGACGCGCAAAAGCUCAAGCAACAGCUGGAAACGGCACGAAUGAAUUCCACCUCGAACGAUGAGGAAGGAUCAGACACGGAUGUGGAAAAAGCUUCGCAAACGCUGACUCUGAACAGAAUUAGUGAAUCCAGUGAAGCAGGAGGAAAUUCGACUACUGAGAACGCUCCAUCAGCACUAGCAGCAGAGAAUGGCGAAGCCUUCCUAGGACGACGAGUUAGUCAUUUUGAUCUUCCAACCAAAAAGGUAGAAUGCUCCUCGGUGAAACAGUUUGUAGAAGAAAAUGACAAUUCAAAAGUCGGCCACAUCCCAAAGUCGACCGUUCAACAGAAACAGCAGAAAGACAUUCCCAAGCCAUCUUCUGAGGAUAAUGUUCCCCCGCGUCGUGAUCGCUCGGCUUCAAUUGGUUCAAUCCCAAUUGUGGAGCAAAAUCGAACUAUGGUUUUCCUCAUCGGACAAACCGACCUGAGGCUGAUAAGCCCUGAUCGCAAACAGGUUCUGCUGCACAAGGAAUUCCGUGAUGUCGCCAGCUGUGCCCAGGGCCAGAAAAACGCUGACCAUUUUGGUAUCAUCUGCAGGGAUGUCAACAACGAUGGCUACAUUGGGUACGUGUUCAAAUGUCAGUCAGAAAAUGUGGCCGAUGAGAUUAUCAUAGCAAUCUCGCAAGCUUUUCUGGUGUGCUCAGAGCAAAAACAGAAAGAUAAAGCAUCUGCCCAGAUAUACUCUUGCGAGCAUUGUCCCAUGCUGUGGUAUCACAAGCUAUGCUCAGACAUUGAAGGUUUGAGCGAUAAGAAAACUCAGUACAUGAUAUUCAAGCGGAUAGACACCACACUGACCGAGGAUGAACAAAGGUUGCUAAUGGAAAAGUAUCACGGGGCUGAGGAAGCUGCAGGACACAGCCUCAGUGAACAGAAUCAAUUCCUCAUGAUGCUAUUGAGGGCUCACUGCGAAUCGAAGCAGCAAAGGCACGUUCACGAUACGGCUGAGAACCGAACAGAAUUUUUGAACCAGUAUUUGGGUGGCAGCGGUAUUUUCAUGAAAGCAAAGCGAUCACUAACAAGUUCUUUCGAUCACCUAUUGAAACGGAGAGCCAGCAAAGACGACUUCAAUGGUGGUGUGAACAUAAUCAAAGAUUCAAUGAGCUCAGUAGGAGAUGUGAAGUUGGGAAGUGACCUAGAGCCACAGACAAGAGCUCGUUCAUCUACUGUUGGUUCUAGUCCUUCGUUGAGCAGGAAAAACUCAGAUUUAGGAGUCAAUGCAACGGCACCGCAACUUAAAUCACCAAUGAUGGAUAUCUUCAUCAAAGUUGGCAAUAGUCCCCGAGAAAACUCUUGCCAUUCCGGCUCCUGGCGACAAGCAAUACUUAAUCGUGUGGUAACACCGUCCAAAAAUAUGAAAGCAACCGACGAUGAGUAUAUGUCACCCUUGCGGGCUUCCCAUUUGAGCACAAGAAAACGGGAUCGGGAGGAACUGCGUGAACUAUGGCGCAUUGCAAUCAAGCAAACAAUCAUUCUCAACAGAAUGGAGAAGGAAAAUGCUCACUUGCAGGCGCGCCAGAAUGAGAUAAAAUCAAAUGAGAUCAAACGUAUUAAAUUGGAGUAUGAUGAAAUUACGCUGUGUGACAAACAAGCGACAGACAUCUGGGAUAUGUUCCUGGAUGCCUCGUCAAUGGAAGCAGUCCAGAGCAAGAAAGAUCCCAAAGUGUUGUAUCAAGCAAUAAAAAAUGGCGUACCCAGAACCAAACGCGGGGAAAUUUGGCUAUUCCUUGCGAAACAAUACUCGUACAACACCGCGCCGGUUGACAAGUUGAAAUUUCCCAAUUAUAAUACGCCUUACCCAACUUUGCUGAAAAAUUUGACGGAACACCAACACGCUAUCUUCAUAGAUUUAGGACGAACUUUCCCGGAUCAUAAAUAUUAUAAGGAUGCUCUUGGAGUGGGACAGCUUUCAUUGUUCAACCUACUGAAGGCGUAUUCAAUUCUUGACCCUGAACUAGGAUAUUGCCAAGGCUUAGGAUUCAUCUGUGCGGUUCUAUUAUUACAUCUCGAGGAAACAGACGCAUUCGAAUUACUUAAACAUCUUAUGUUCAAGCGACAGAUGCGCGCUAAAUACCUUCCAGACAUGAAACAAUUCCAGCUGCAACUGUACCAAUUGUCCCGUUUACUGAAAGAUCAUAUACCUGAGCUGUACGACUGGUUCGAUCAACACGACAUUUCACCAACACUUUAUGCUGCACCAUGGAUAUUGACUGUGUUUAGUUCUCAUUUUCCGCUUGGCUUCGUAGCACGUGUUUUUGACCUGCUAUUCCUGGAAUCGUUCGAUGUGAUAUUUCGGUGUGCAAUUGCCCUCCUAGAGGUACACAAGGAUCAACUUUUGCAGCGCGAUAAUUUUGAAGAUAUCAUGAACUACUUGAAGACAGUUGUACCAAAAAUCGAUUCCGAAGUGAUGGAGAAGGUUUUUCGGAAUGUGUUCAAGUCCGAUUUCUCUCGGCAGCUGAUCGAAUACCAAGUCGAAUAUAAUGUGUUGAAGGAGGAAAUGACUUCUCAGAACCAUAAUCAGGAAAAUUUCAAUCGCAUGAAGGAAGAAUAUCAACAGAUCGAAACGCAACUCCAUUUUGCUCAAUCCAGUCUUGCGCAGCACGAGAAAACACGCCAGGCACAACAGCAUCAAAUUCAGAUACUGCAAACUCAAGUGCAGACGUUGGAAAACACCGUCCAAACAUUGGUGAAAUUCGUUGAUCAGGCAAUCGAACAGAAGUCGGACUUUGUCUUGCCAAAUGAGAUAUGUCGAAUAAUGCAACAGGUGCAAGAUUUACAGCAUCAACAAGCCGCCAUCCAGCAGCAGAAGAAACGUUCUCCAAUCUUCGUUGACCGCAAAAUCGGUAAAUCUAUUUCGUUCAACAGUAAUUUGGGACUCGCUUUGAAUGUACUCGAGGAAGGGAACGAGCAAGACGGUACCAGCGGAACGCCAACCAAGAAAAAACCUUUCUUCCAAAACUCGUUCGAGCAAAUUCGCUUACAAAAAGCAGGUCUUAGAUUGAAUAAACUCGAAGAGUACAGUAGCCUAGAGCAGCAUGACACAGAUCGGACACAGAAUGGAAAACUGAGCAGCACUAAUGAUGAUAGUGGCAUUGCAACGCCUAUCAGUCCACAAAUGCAUGCACCAUCUACAACACCAAUGGCACCGGAAUAUAAACCUGUGUUGUCGAUAAUCGAUAACCAUCCACUCAGCGGCGAUGUAAACGUACAAUUCAAUGGGACAACACAGCUCAAAUCAAUCAAAUCCCGCAUACAGACAAGACAGGGCUCCAGUUCUUCGGUCAUGAGUGACAUCAGUGACAACGGAGUUCCAGCUGGUUUGUCGAAUCGAAGUUAGCAAUUACCAAGUCACUGAAGCGAUGCAUCUGAUUUAAAACUGAUUCACAUCUCAAUCAACAACAAAUAACGCUAGGCUAGGAUCAGAGUCUGUAGUCCAUAGUCCGACCCAAUUUAGAUAUGUUCAAAGAACAUAUUCCAAAGAAGUUUCUCAAUCAUAAAAUUCGCUUACAGACCCAGCUUUGCCGAAAAGUCAUAUGUGGUACUAUUAUUAAUAUGCAUAAUAAGUGUUUAGGGAGUCUAUGGGUAAGAAUACAUAGAAAAUGUGUUUAAAGAAAGCAGCUUUUUGAUACCGACGCUCAAGGUACAAAUUAGAGAAUAGCCGUUUCGCCUCUGCAUAAUUUACCAAACAUCAUUUUUCUUAUUGAGGUGCAACAAUAUUUUUUUUUCGUUCACGUUAGGAUUUUUUCCGCCAAUAUAAAAUAUUUUUUGAAAAUUAGUGCUCUCAAAAUACGAUGAAUGUGCUUUCCUGAAGGUGGUUUCCUUGCAAACCUAGCAUCUGGAAUAUAUAUGUACUCAUAUACAAGAGUUUAGCAACGUGUUGGAGGACGCAAAAAAAAAAACAAUUCAGAAAAAAAAUCUGUGCGAUAAACACAAUUGGCAGUUUCAACCUUAACUUGUACAUAUAUAAAUCAUCCGAAAUAUAAUCGAAUGGUAGACAAACAAGUAAAGCUUUGCAUUGAUAAAAAAAUAUUUAGAUACAAUGCUAUCAAUGCUUGAAAGUACUGUAGCUGUCCUGGGUAAUAGUAGUAGAUAAAUUGAUUUUUUUUUAUGAAGCUCCAAAGCUGCCUCUUUUAAAGAUCAGAUUCUCGAGGAUUUUUUCAAAGGUGUCUUAUUUCGAGCUUAUUUUAGGUUAGGUCUACAUUAUGUUACGUUGAUUAUUCGUUAGUUUGUUGCUAAUAAGAUUUAUGAAAUCUCCUAAUUUCGUUAUUUUUGUCGUUCAUUAAAUGAAAUAUAGUGUGGAAUAAAUUGAUAUUCAAGUGAUAUUAUUUGUGGAACCUUUGAAGUUCGUGAGAUGGAAUUCGGCCUGUACUCUUGUUUUGAUUAGUAUUAAUUGGUAUUAACAAAUUUCGAUGAUGGUGGACCCAUGACACAUAUAUACUUCAAUCAUACAAAAUGAAAUAUUGAUAUAAGCAUUAAAUAAAAACGAGAAACUUUGCAUAUAUCCAAAACUGAA